UCUGCGUGAUAUCGAUGAACAAAUGAAAGCCCAAGUAAGCAGAAGAAAGGAACAAACAAAAUCCAAGGGUUUUAGGAGUGAAGAACAGUUGUGUUCCAAAGUGAAGUGAUUCAUCACAAGCACUGCUAUGAAGUUCCUUCAAUCUCUCAUUGGUAAAACCCGUUAUGCAGCGCGUGUCGGGUCACUCAAUCGGGUCUCGGGGCUCCGAUUAUUCUCCGUUUCAACGGAAGAGUAUUCCAAGAGAAACUAUGCCAACAAUGUUUCUGAGUACAACACUGUUUUGGGUUCUCUCACUGCUCAAAGAAGGAUGUUCUUGCUGAGGGAUGCGUACGAUGAUAUGAUGCUUGAUGGGGUGAAGCCUACGCGCGACACUUUCCAUUCACUUGUUGUUGGAACCAUGAAGGGAGCUAGAAUGCAAGAUGCUUUCUUCUUCGUGGACCAAAUGAAAAUCAUGGGUUUGGUCCCUGAUGUUACUUUAUACAACUUUCUGAUUUCUACUUGCGGGAAAUGCAAGAACUCUGAUAAGGCUAUUCAGAUUUUGGAGGAGAUGAAAUGCAUGGAAGUAAAGCCAAAUGUACAAACCUACAUCUGCUUGCUAAAUGCUUGUGCUGCCGAUGGACGUGUAGACCGAGUGUAUGCAAUUGUCCGUGACAUGACUGCAGCUGGUCUUGGAUUAAACAAGUUCUGUUAUGCUGGGCUUAUAGUUGCACACAAGAAUAAAACUCCUCUUGUUGAUGAUUUUGCUGCAAAAGUUAUUGAGUUUGUGGAGAGGUCAAAGAUGUGGUCUUCAGUCGAAACCAAUAGUGCCAAUGCUGAGAAUGUGAUGAUGGGUGUUACAGAUGAGGAGUUAUACAACUUACCAACUGCAGAAUAUGUUAAUAGACGUGCAGGAUUUUUUAAUAGACCAUUUACAGCAUAUCACGCAGCAUUUCAUGCUGCUGCAGACCUGAAAAAUGUUGAGUUAACGGACACACUUUUGGAAAUGCUGAACAAGGAGGGGAAAACUCCUGAUAUCUUUAUUAUGAUGCAAGUAAUUAGAUGCUAUUGUCAAGCGGGAGAUAUUGAACGUGGUCUUCAAACUUUCGAGAAACACAUAAAUGCGGGAGGGGCUAUUGCUGCAGAACUUUAUGUGACACUUGCAGAAGGAGCAAUGGUUGGUUACACUGAAAAAGGAAUGCAAAUUGCUCAAGAUAUUCUGGUAAGGAUGAAUGAAAGAAACUUUUUCAUGAAUAACAAGUUGGGAAGUGAGCUCCUGCUUUUAGCUGCCAGAGAAAAGACUGGGGGAUAUUCCGCUGCUAACUACAUAUGGGACAUGAUGCGAGCUCGUAAUAUUACCCCUACGUAUCCUGCAGUAGAAGCAUAUUACCGUGGCUUAAAAGAUCGUGAGAUCCCUGAAGAUGAUCCAAGACUUCUAUUGGUUUCUCGAACUUAUGACAACCUUAGCGCAAGAUUCGGGAACAGGGUGAACUUUUGAUAGAGAUUUAGGCUCUUCCCUUAUUGUUAAGAAAUCUUUUGGGUGCUGAUGAGUUUUCUAUUUGAAGAGAAUCCAUGAGUUUCCAGAAUUAUUUGUUUGAUACAUGUAUGACAUGGUACGUAGAUCCCAUGUAUUCAUUAACACAGGAUUUUGAUCCCAUGUAACUAAGUGAUGGUAUUUUAGGAGAUUAUGUAGAGAAUUUUUACCUAUUCCAACCAUUUACGUUUUUCUUUUUUGAAAUAAUUCUGGGUGUGAAUAUAUGUGGUAGCAUUGAUGUUAAGUUAUUUCAAUGUCAAUGUUGUCAUUUCAGACUCUAAAGUUGGCUAUAAAUUGUAAUAUACACUAAUCUCUUUUAAUUGUUGAGUGAUGACUUGACACGAUUAUUA